AUGGUGUGGACAAACGCAUGUGUGUUCAAGAUUAUCGAAAUCUAUCUGCCGGAAGGAUCUCAUGGCAUUGUUAUCUGGCUUGUGAUUGUCUUCAACGUGGCCUCUGGUGGUGGUGCUUCAGGCCACUUGGCCCCUAAUAAUACAGGCGCACACGCUGCAUCACGCUCGCCCUCCCGACAAGACCGAAUUCUACGAAUUCUACCAUCCGACCCCAGAACACUCGACAAAAGAGUUCUGCCCCAGUGGACAAUUGUCCUGUCCUCGCACCGACAUCACCAGAGAAGUCUGAACUGUCGUGUGCCCUUGAGUCUCUUGCCAGUCUUACUACGUCACUCGAAAUUGUCGUUCGCUACCCAUCCUCUCGCCUCCAUACUCCCGACUCUUCCGAGAUCACUUUGUCGUCGCACGCCAGCAACGGCCUACGAUAUCCUCAUUUGCGAUUUGCGCAGUACCCCGCUCAAUACCGCCAAGCUGGCUUCCCCUACUCUUCUUCAGCCCACCGUGUCAUACGCCGCUAGGACAAAUCCCCCACGCUCUGGAAGCGCCUACCUCGACAUGGACGAUAAGAACACGGGCCGUCGCAGACGCUCCAGCAGCAUCCUCCAGGUCUAUCACGAGCCCCCGGAAACGCUCGAGCAAAUUUCUGACCAGGCUUCUCUUCCCAAUCUGAAUGCAAACUGGACCAACGCAAAGGGAGCGUGGACCAUUCAUUUCGUUUUGAUAGCAUGCCUCAAGAUAUUUUACGACGUCAUUCCCGGGGUCUCGCAGGAAACAUCGUGGACCCUAACCAACAUUACAUACAUGGUCGGCUCCUACAUCAUGUUCCACUAUGUUCGAGGAGUACCCUUCGAGUUCAAUAGUGGUGCCUUCGAUAACCUCAACAUGUGGGAGCAAAUCGACAACGGUGCCCAGUACACGCCCACCAAGAAGUUUCUACUCAGUGUUCCGAUUGUGCUCUUUCUCCUGAGCACCCAUUAUACUCACUAUGACCUCGCCUACUUCAUUAUCAAUUUCUUGGCCGUAUUGGCCGUCAUUAUCCCCAAGCUUCCUUUCAGCCAUCGCAUGCGCUUUGGCCUCUUCUCGGGUCUCCCCGAGGACGAGUAA